AUGCCGGCCUCAACCACCACCGAACCAGGCCGUCUGUCCUCCGACAAGACAGAGGUUGAAUCCGGAAUCGUAUCGCCACCCGAGAAUCCGUGCCCGCCCGAGCAUCACCCUCACCCCGUGGCCCACGACAAGGCACAGCAGAGUGAGCCCGACGGUCCCGGCUAUCCGCAUGGCAUCAAGCUCGUCUUGAUCAUCACAGCCCUGUGCCUGGCCGUGUUUUUGGUUGCUCUCGACCAGACCAUCAUCGCGCCUGCUCUGGGCGCCAUCACCGCGCAGUUCCAGAGCGUCAAGGAUAUCGGCUGGUAUGGAAGCGCCUACUUGCUCACGACGACGGCCCUGCAGCCCAUGUACGGCGCCGUGUACAGGCUGUUCAACGUCAAGCUGGUCUAUCUCGGGGCUGUCUUCAUCUUCGAGGUGGGCAGCCUGCUGACGGCCGUCGCGCCCACUUCCACCGCAUUUAUUGUCGGAAGAGCCAUUGCGGGCGUCGGAACUGCCGGUCUCUUCUCCGGCUCCAUCGUCAUCCUCUCGCUCUCCAGUAAGUCGGCAACUGCCCCAAACGUCCACGUCUCCCUGAUCCCCGUUGACCGUGCCUCCCUCCCUCGCCCAGUGCCUCUCCAGAAACGUCCCCUGGUAUUCGGCCUCAUUGGCGGCAUGUGGGGGAUCGCCUCCGUCGCAGGCCCUCUCCUCGGCGGCGCGUUCACGGAAAACGCCACCUGGCGGUGGUGUUUCUACAUCAACCUCCCCAUCGGAGGCGUCGCCAUGCUUCUCGUCACGCUCUUCGUCCACGUCAACCGCAACACCUCGGACACGAAGAACAUGGCCUUUGCGGAGCGUGUCCAGCAGCUGGAUCUACUGGGCACCUUCAUCUUCAUCCCCGCCAUUGUGUGUCUUUUGCUUGCGCUGCAAUGGGGCGGCGCCGACUAUGCCUGGGGCGACUCCAAGAUCAUCGGCCUCUUUGUCGGCUUCGGUCUCAUGAUUGCCGUCUUUGUCGGCAUCCAGUUUUGGCAGGGCGACAAGGGGACCUUGCCGCCUCGCUUCUUCAAGAAUCGCAACACCUUGUGCGCCAUGCUGUUUGCCUUCUUUUUCGGCGCCGGCUUCUUCCCCCUCGUCUACUACAUCUCUCUCUAUUUUCAAGCCAUCCAGGGUGUGUCCGCCGUCCAGGCCGGCAUCAAGAUCCUCCCGCUCCUGCUCGCCACGGUCCUCAUCUCCGUCGUCACCGGCGGUCUCAUCUCCGUCAUUGGCUACUACAACUUCAUCAUCAUCCCCUGCAUGCUCCUCUUCACCGUUGGCGCCGGCAUGAUCACCACCUUUGACGUGGACACCCCCCUCCGUCAGUGGUUCGGCUACCAGGUCAUUGCUGGCCUCGGCAUCGGGGCCGGCUUCCAGAUCGGCGUGCUGGUGGUGCAGACGGUGCUCCCGCAGGGGCUGGUGCCCGUCGGCACGGCCUGCGUGCAGUUCUUCCAGGCACUGGGCGGCGCCAUUUUCGUGGCGGUCGCGCAGACGCUCUUCCAGAACGGGCUCAUUGAUGCCCUCGGCAAGGACAAGACGGGCAUCGACGGCAGGAUCUUCAUCAACACCGGCGCCUCCCAGAUCAAGCAUGUCCUGGAGAGGUUGGGCCGCUUGGAUGCCCUGGAUCGAGUGCUGGCGGCUUACAUGACUGGGCUGAGGCACACGUUUUACAUUUCCGUGGCGUGUGCAGGCUGUGCCUUUUUGGCGGUGCUUGGUUUGGAAUGGAGGUCUGUGAAGCAUGGUCCUGAUGGGAAGCAGAGGCAGCAGCGAAGUCAGAAUAGAAAGGAGUCUGCUGCUUCGGAGCAUGUUUGA